GGUCAGGCAAAAAAAUUGUCCAGUUACCCAGAGACUCGGGGUCUUUUGCUGACAUGCAGAGCUGAGUGAGGAGCUGGUGGAAAAACAAGCGGAGCCUCUGGAAUACGCCGAGAACUGUCAACGAACACAAGCAGCAUCUUCCUGAGGACAGCGCCCCCCGGUGGCACACAGGGACAUGGUGUCCGUCUGCCAGGCCGUGCUCACCUCUGUGCUCCUUGUGUCCUGGGUGAAGAUGACGAACUUGAUGCCCGAUCCGAGUCGGAGAGACCUGCUGAUGCGGCAGGAAGUGUCCAGACGGACCGGGGGCCGAGUGGCGCUGACGGCGGCCGAGCAGAGGCUGGACGCUCGGCUGCAUCGGCUGAAGGAGCAGGAGAUGUCCGCGGCCCAGUUCCCACCUGCUCUCCACUUCUUUAAGGCAAAGCCUCUCAUCCAGAGGAGCUCCAUCUUCAAGCUGCUGCAGAAGAUGCCCAAAGGUGCAGCAGCGGCCGGGAUGGUGUCCUGCGAGGCCUGGACCUGCUCCAGCACUAACGUCCUGCUGUUGCCCGCAGGUGCGGCCCUGCACAUCCACAGCUCCUCCCUGGUGGGAGUGGACUGGCUGGUGGAGAACGUCACCUACAGGCCUCACUGCUACGUCUGCUUCACCUGGGACAACUCGGUCCGCUUCGUGUUCUCGAGUCGCCAUCCUUUCCCACGGUGGGACUGCUUCUACUGGCAGCUGCUGGAGACUUUGAGGGCCAAACUGAAGGACUCCGCAGGCUUUGAUAACAGUUUGAAGCAGCACCUGACGCUGGUCACAGAGGAUCCGGAUGGUGCGUACCCCAGCCAGGAUGCCGUGUGGGAGAAGUUUGAGAAGGCCUUCAUAGCGGCUGCCGGGCUGAUCACUCACGCUCCUGUGCUGAGGGACUACUACUACAAAGGCCUGGAGGAGCUCCACCACGACAACGUCAUGUACCUGGAGCUUCGCAGUGGCCUCUCAAGGACAUAUGAGCUUGAUGGAACCAUUCACGAUAAGGCCUGGACUCUGAAAACCUUCCAGGAAGUCACAAAGAAAUUCACAGCGGAUCAUCCAGACUUCCUCGGCGCCCGGGUCAUAGUUUCAGUCCACAGGGCUCUGUCUGUGUCAGAGGUCAAGGCGGCUGUAAAAGAAGCUAUUCAGCUGCAGAAGGAGUUCCCAGACGUUGUUGCGGGGUUUGACUUGGUUGGCAGGGAGGACAGUGGGAGGACCCUCUGGUACUUCAGGGAAGCACUUUCUCUGCCGGCGGAGCUCGGGGCCACUCUGCCGUACUUCUUUCACGCCGGGGAGACAGAUACUGAAGGUACAGAUGUUGAUCAGAACAUUCUUGAUGCGCUUCUGUUCAACACCACCCGCAUCGGGCACGGCUAUGCCCUGGCGCACCACCCGCUCGCCAAAGAGCUUUCCAGGGAAAGCAGCGUGGCUGUAGAGCUGUGCCCCAUCUCAAACCAGGUGUUGAAGCUGGUAUCGGACCUUCGGAACCACCCUGCGGCUGUGCUGAUGUCUGAGGGUCACCCGAUGGUGAUCAGCUCGGACGACCCGUCUCUGUUCGGCACCACGGGCCUCUCUUACGACUUCUAUCAAGCUUUUGUGGGCAUUGGAGGGUUAAAGUCGAACCUGGGCACUUUGAAAGAACUGGCCGUCAACUCAAUCAGCUACAGCUCGCUACCAGCUCAUCUGAAGAACCGGGCUCAGGUCAUGUGGCAGAACAAGUGGGACACCUUCAUAGCUGACAAUGCAUGACGGCCAAAACACAAGCACCUCUUCUGACUCGCAUCAUCUGGGUGACCAGGCAAAAAGCUUCUUUAGUAGUUAGUAACUAGAGUUUAACGCGUGAGCUUAUAUUAAGAGUUUUCCAAAAAAAACACAACAAUUGUGCAGGAAUAAAUAAAACCUCUCUGUGAUCCA